AAAUUCGAAGUGAACAGUUUAUGUAAAACUAAUGCGAAAGUUUUUGUUUUUCCGAUUUGAUAGGAGAAUUGCAUAAGCUUGUAUUUCUUUUUUACUUUAAUAACGGUUAUGGAAGGAAAUAAAAGGAAAACGCGUCAGCGCAACCGACCAAGAAAUAAAGCGAAUCGUUUGAAGGAGGAAUCAGGUCGGAAAGAAUUUAACGAAGAAUUAGUUAAAAGUGCCGUGAACGAAGGGGAAAUUAACGGUGCCGAAGAAAAUACCGUUACGAAUGUGCAAGCACAGGAAAUACUGGUUAAAGAUUCUACAGUUGAAAGUUGCAUAAAUCAAACGUCAUCCACGAGCCAGGGGCAAAUGGUGUCACAAACUAUGCUUGAUCAAAAUGAAAAUUUGAAAAUAUUACAACAAAUGAUACGUGCAAAGCUUUUACAAAAACAGCAAAAUAGUGAGCAGAAACCUAACACAAAUUGCUCUGAUGAAAAGAUAAGCAAAAUAAACCAACAAAAGGGUUCGAAUUCAAGUAAAGACAAAGUGAGCGGAAAUGCAAUAGGUGUGAAAGAAUUAGUGACAACGAAAAGUUCGCCGGACAACAAAUUAGCUGAGCAAAGUACUUUUGUUGCGAAUUUACAAAAGAAAUUGGAAAGUUCUGUGGCUAACGGUAGCACCGAUUUGCCUAACACUUUGCUGCAAAACUUACAAAAAUUACUCAACGAAGGGCCACUAAGCGAUAUUGCAUCAUCAGAUGAUGAAGAGGAUUAUGUUGAGUACAUUUUCAAACCGCGCCAGCAUUUUUUGGUAAUCUUUUCUAAACAGUUUUGCAAAAAUGAGCUGGCAACACAAACGAAAAUUCCCUGCAAUCGAUGCAAUUUGGUAUACUACUGUACGGCGGAGCACAUGAAAGGCGACGUGCAGCAUCGGCAAAUUUGUUACGCCUUACAGCAAAUGGCAGAUGAGUCCGGGGGACACAUUUUUCGCAAAUGUGGUGAAUUCACAGCUGAACAAUUUCGUUCUUAUCGCAUUGUUACAAUACGCAAAAUAGAGUCAAUAAUAAAUCGUGCUUUGACUGCCACCGAGCAAGAGGUGAUAUUGUUUCCACGCAUUUGCUGUAACGGAUCUUGUCGUGAAUACAAUUUUAAGAAACUUGUGGAUUGCGAACAUUGUGGGCAGAGGAUUUACAGAGAAAUUAUAUUAUAUGAGCUUAUUUAUAAGGCAGCGUAUUGUCGCGACAAACCGGAACAUUUAAAUAAAUCACAUGACCAGUGGUGCGAAUCCCACCAACUAUUUAAGAAGUUGCAGUUACUACAGGCGAAAUUUGGACAAAUCGAACCAGCAUUGCCUAGUAAAAUACUUCGUGAUAUACCGGGCGCAUGCUGUAACACUAAACAGAUUCUCACCAAAUUAGAUUGCGCCGUCCGCGAUCCUUGUAAAUUCGCUGCGCUCAGUCAGAUUUCUACGUGCCCAUUAACCGCUUGGUUUGCUUUAAAGUUAUGUGGUAAUUUAAAGAAAUCGGAAGAAGUAACUGUGCACCUCAUUGGCGCCGAAAUCGAGUUCGAAGUGGAUGCCUUGCAUAAGUGGGAGCUUUUCUUCUUGCAUAUAAAUCCCAAUACAACAACUCUUAACGUUGUUUUCAUUGGGCCUGAGCUGAAUCAGGGCAACGUUCCGUUUCAGCAAUUAAUGAAAACUAACUUAUUUAUUUUUGUGCAUACAUUUAGGUGUUGCAAAUCAUGUCGAAAAUUGAAGCGCACGGUGAAUUAUCGCUUUCAAAGUCAGUUGUACCAUAAUUACUGCAGCCUACCAACGUUUCUUCCGCCCGAUCUAAUUUGCUUUUUCAAUGCUGGCUUAUACCGUUAUAAUGGAUUCCAAAUGGAGGAUACAUGGCCUGAAACAAUUCGAAUCGCUACCAAUAUAAAAUGCCCAAUUGUGGUUACUUCGUACACAGAGUAUGAGUCACCACUGGACAUUUCACGUUUGGUGCAGGAGUCCAGCCGUCAUUUGAAUGUAGUUUUACCGCCAACCUUGAAUCCUUAUGCGUCUAAAAAGCCUGAGCGGAAUUUUAUUUCCGAUGAAGAUUCCCCCCUAAUGUUUAAGAAUUAUUAUUGCUUUGUAAUUGAAUAAAUAAAUUAUAAUUUUACCUAGAA